AUGUCACAACAUCAAGACACAUCUACUUCAAAAAAUACUAAGUUUACUCAAAAGGUUAGCGCGCCUCCCAUGGACAUUCCCGAUGAUGAGAUUCUGGAUGUUGUUCCUCUCUCUGUUAUUCCCUGUGAGGCCAUUGAUUUGAACCAACCCAUUGAUGCCUCAGCUUCUGCAUGCACCAGUCAAGGUAACAUCUCUAGUAUCCCUUCUGGCUUAACUCCUGCCACUAAUUCUAAGGAAGAUAUACACCACACUGAUCGUGUUAUAAGAAACCUAGUCACUAGAAUCGAUGGUAGCUCUGAUGAUCAAGAGGAAAGUUUACUUCAUCGCCUAAAGCCAAGUGUGGCUAAACGUAUGAAGACUAGAAAAGGAAGAUCUGUGGCUGAACUUAUGUCAGCUAGAAAAGCUAAGAAGACUGUUGGUAUUGGUCCCUCCAAAUCUUGGAGCAAGGUUGAAGUAAAGAAGAGGAAGGAUGGAGCUGCCAAGUGGAAAUUUGUGAUUCAGAGAAGGGUGGUUGUGGAAAGGGAGUUGGGAAAAGAUGUUGUUGAUGUCAAGGAGGUCAUGGACCUGAUAAAGGAAUUCAUUGUCAACAUUCCUGAGGAUAUUGCUGAUAAGAACAACAAGGAGUUCUGUAAGGUGUUUGUGAGGGGAAGAAAAAUUGAGGGUGCAGGUGAAUUGGAAGUUACAAACAAUGAGGUCUGUAGAGAGAUUACAGCUAGGCAGGUGAAAGGUGGGCCUAUUAAAAAGCAUCUUCCUACUGGGAAGUUGACUGUCAAGUAUGAUAUCUUGCAUAAAAUAGGAGCUGCAAAUUGGCAUGCAUCUACUAAUGCAGUUAAGCUGCCUAUUGCCUUUCCCUAUAUGAUCUGUGGAAUUAUCUUGAAUCAACACCCUGGUAUCCUGUGCUCUAAUGACUUACCUAGUCGAAGAAAACCUGCUCUGUCUGUGCACUAUAAACUGUUUAAAGGCAUUCGUGUCGAGGAUAUUGUCAUGACAUCUUCCAUGAAAAAGCCAGCCUCAAAAGUUGGAACUAUUGUUGAGCUUAAGGAGACUUGCAAAGAGCUGGGUGAAGGGAUAAGGGUAGCAACCGCUAGAAAAAAAUCGUUGGAAGCCUUGAUUGCAAGCUUGGAGCAGGAUGAAGGUGAAAAUAUUGAAAAUGAUAAUGUCAACCAUGAAGAAGAAGCUGAAGCCCACACCUCUAGUGAGAGGUCUGGUAACAACGAUGACACAAGUGGCAAUUAUGUUUCUGGUGCUAAUGAAGCUCUUGCUUACAACUGGUUAUGUACUUGGUUUUGUAACCCUUUAACUUUUGAUAAUUCGGUUAAUGACUAA